GAAAAAACGCAGAUUUUCGCAUCUCGCAUCUCGCAUCUCGAACCGCUUCUCGUCAGACGUACUUGCAAGUCUGACCACGUCUCGCAAGCCGCACAUGGUACACGCAAAAGGCAUAUCGGUUCCUGGAGGCUCAGAUUUUUCCCUUCACAAUGCCCUCCACCUUGGUCCCUUUCCUCUAUCGCACGAGGACGAUCCUCCGAGCGAAUCCGCGAACCGUUACCCUGUUCGCGCGCUCGUUUCAUGGCACUCACAGGCGACUUGACGGGCCGUAUAAUAUCCCGUUCGUCAAGGAGGUCGGUGAGGGCCAAGAUUCGUCGGAACCGGGUUCUCGUAGCACUAUCACUCUCGCUGAGAGACAAGUCUUUGAGCGCAUCUUCGCCGACAUUAGGGCCCGAGGCCUCAAGCCCGCCACGCACGAUAGCGAUCACCCGCAGCCAUCGUCCCCCGCUGCCCGCUCUGCUAUGCUCAUCAUGCAGCAGGCGGCUUACGAUGCCGGCCAAUCGCGUUCGGCUACCGUCGCCCCCCCAGCGCUUCUAGCCGGGGCCGCCAAGGAUCGCAACAAAGCCCUGUUGAGAUUCCCGCCUCCCCUGCGCGCCGCCGCUCAGAGGGCCCUUGACAGCAUCACACACUCGACAUCGGCGUCACCGCUAGACGAAAACGUCGCAUACGAUGAAGAGUCUAUCAAGGCCGAGGAAGAUGAGGACUGGCAAACCCCCGCCCACACCUUUGGUCGCACCGUUGAGCUGGAGGCGAAGCGCUACCCGGAACGUUCGCGAGUUGAGGGCUUGAUUAUGGCCGCGAAGUCAGACCUGGAGCUGUGGGACGUCCUCGUGAACGAGGUCUUUUCGAUUCCUCCUAGGCUCGACCUUGGCAAGACCGACGCCGAUAUUAAGGAGGAAAAGAAAAGGAAAAAGAAGGCGGAGAGAGCCGCUCGUAAAAAGAUGCUUGCUGAGGGGCCAGUUGAGAAGGAGGUAGUUAAGGAGGAGGUAGUUAAGGAGGAUUUCUACCCUGAAGAGGGCACACCCGAUCCUUUCAACUUAAGCGCCGAGUUUUCUACCACUCCUCGUGGCGAUGCCCAAAACCCCGACGCUGCUAGUGUCGCUGAUACUACUCGUGACGCCGAUGCUUCCGGCACUACCGCUACCACUACUUCCGACACUACCGCUACCACUGCUUCCGACACUACCGCUACCACUGCUUCCGACACUACCGCUACCACUACUUCCGACACUGCCGCUGCCGCUGCCUCCGACACUGCCGCUGCCGCUGCCUCCGACACUGCCGCUGCCGCUGCCUCCGACACUACCGCUACCGCUGCUGAUGAAAGCGAGGCCCCCCAGCCAGAGAUAGAGGACGAAGUACAGAACCAAAAAAUAAGCCUCUAUGUAUACGGGCCACUGUAUCCAGCCUACCUUCUCCUCGGGCUCCGACGUCUUGACACCGCCUUCCGUGUGCCGUCGCCCCUAGCCUUUUCUGUCUUGCCCCGUGUCAAGGAUCUAGGACUCGAGUCUUACGUUCUCGGUGUAUCUACGCCGUUCUACAACGAGCUGUUGCAGAUCCACUGGAACCGGCGCGGCGACCUGCCCGGAGUUUUGGAUCUGCUGGAAGAGAUGCGCCGUUGCGGGAUCUACUUUGACGAACAAACUGCCUCGAUCCUGAACCAGAUCGAUAACGAUAUAUCGAGUCUGGGCGAGAAGGGUUGGAAGAAUAAGGCCUCUUUCAUAGGGGCUCUCGCGAAGACGCCCGAGUUAGACGAUAUGAUGCAGGGGCGCAUUAGGCAUUGGCAUAGGGCGGUCGAUCUGUCCAUCAAGGAAAAGCUCCAAGAUCUCGGAGUAUGAGCCCAAGCAGGGAAGCCGAUCUAGCUCUUAUGUCACAGGCUGGCCAGAGGCCUCGUGAACCACGGGAUCAAUGUAUACCCGUCAUGAGGCGAAAUAAACGGAUACCCCAAUCCUAUGUACUAUUAUAUACACGACCACGUUAUUG